GUUUCCAUUCCAUGUCGUGUUUCUUUUUAAAAUAAUCUCUGAAGUCUGUUUUUUUAUUAUAAGAAAAGGACAAAGCAAUAUAGAAAUCGUCACUUUUACUUAACACACGUUGUGUUGAAAAAUAAUAUGAAUAAAUUAUUUAGGAACCUUGCUUUCAAAAAUCGAUGUUUUCACACAUCAUUGCUUUUGAAAACAUCUAGCCCCAAAGCAGGAGAAAAUGACACUGAUUCAUCAAACAAAGGAGAAUCUAAAAGAAUGUCAGAAUUCCGAAAAAAGUUGAGGGAAACUACUCCAAUUGAGGAUCUUGGUGAACAGCCUGUCAUUCAUCCAGCACAAAGAGAUGACCCUUUGCCACCAUGGCCAAAUGACACCAAUCCCCAUACUGGAGAAGUUGGGGGGCCCAGAGGACCAGAACCAACUAGAUAUGGUGAUUGGGAGAGAAAAGGAAGAGUUUCAGAUUUCUAAGAUUAUGUAUGGAUUUAUUAUAUAAAAGACAAGUAGGUUUUUUUAAUAUU